UGUGUGUGUGUGUGUGUGUGUGUGUGUGUGUGUGUGUUUCCCUCCCCCUUCCUUCACAACCGCCCCAUCCCCGUUUCCAAAAAGGUGGCCGGGGGAGGUGCCGGGAAAGGCGGAAGGAAAGUACUUGGCAAGCGGGCAUCCGAGCCAAAGAAGGAACAAGGCUUCCCCACGCCGGUUCAUCCAGGUCAGCACUAUGACUGAUGGGGACUAUGACUAUUUGAUCAAACUCCUGGCCCUUGGGGAUUCUGGGGUUGGAAAGACCACUUUGUUGUACAGAUACACAGACAACAAGUUCAACCCAAAGUUCAUCACGACAGUAGGCAUCGACUUUCGAGAAAAGCGUGUGGUGUACAACAGCCAGGGGUCAAGUGGUUCUUCUGGAAAAGCCUUUAAGGUCCAUCUGCAGCUAUGGGACACAGCUGGGCAGGAGAGAUUCAGAAGUCUCACCACAGCAUUUUUCAGAGAUGCCAUGGGCUUCCUGCUAAUGUUUGAUCUCACCAGUCAACAGAGCUUCUUAAAUGUCAGAAACUGGAUGAGUAAGUGGGAAAAGCAGCUGCCUCUCUUAGCCUUCAGCUCUUUAAGCUUCUGUGGCAUUGAACCUGCCGUCUUCAAUGCGACAGCUGUCCCCACAAAGAGUGGGAUUAUGUAAGCUAUCCCUGAUACA